CCAUUCCCUGAUUUUAGCGAACUGGAAACAGAUAACUAACAAACCAGCAAAAUGAUUGCUCUUUUCGUCCUCGCCGCCAUCGUCGCCUCAACUCAAGCCGGUGUCAUUGGCCACGGUAGCCUCGGACUCGGUUAUGGUGGAAUCGGACUUGGUCUUGCCCACGGUGGAAUCGUUGCCGCUUCACCUGUUGUCACUGCCCCUGCCAUUGCUUCUCCCGUCAUUGCCACUUCGGCUGUGACUACCCGCGCUGAUGCCUACACUCCUCUGGUUGCCAAGACCAUCGCUCCCGUUGGGCUCGCUAGCGUCGGUGUUGCCGCUGCUCCUAUAGGCCUCGGCAUUGGACUCGGCCACAAAUGGUAACAGUCUCCAAUGAUUAUAUAUCGCCAAAGAUCUGAAAUAAAUAACGAUCACGUUUUAUUAAUUGAAAACGAACGCAUGUCCCAUUUAUUGUGAAGUUUUUUCCAUGCUUUAAUAUUAUAAAUCUCUGCCGAAAUGGAUUUCAUCAGUACAAUUCUAUCAUGUUUAUUUUUACACAAAUCAAGUCAAUAAAAAAAAGUUAACACUUACCUGAAAUAG